UGAACAUGGUUUAUCUAAAUGAAAUCUAGAAAAUUGAAAUUUUAAUUUUGUUAAUUUUAAUUUAAAUUAUUUUAUCAGGUGUUGAAAAUGCCCUUUAUCAACUUAUUGACAAUAUGGUAAUCGCUUUAAAAACCCUUCCAAGACAUUACUCAGGAUAUUCUUAUAUUUAUAUUUAGGAUAUUUAUCAUAUAAAUUUUGUAGCUUUUCCUUAUGCAAUAUCUGGAGAUUUUUCAGGGCAUUCUAGCAAUUCAUUGUCGAUUUUGUCUCCAGGUCCAAUAAAAAUUAAAUUUUCAAUUAUCUGGAUUCCAUUUAAAUUUUCACUUUUUUACUGAUUGCUGAUGGAAUUGUAACAUUUUAAGAAUUGUAAUGGCAUCUUUUUUAAAUGGCGUUCCAUUUAAAAAAACAACUUGGUAUCGAUAUCUGCAAAAUGCACAAAAAAUACAAUGGAUGUGUGCGAGCAUUCUUCUUGAAAUCCAAUAUCUGAUUUUUAUUUUUAUUUUUUCAUAUUUUAACCGUUCACUGUAUAGAGAUCCUGUCUAUGUUGAUACAACCACCAGCAUGGCCGUUGACAGUUCGUCGUUUCAACAGAUUUUUAGUUUACAUGUUGCAUUUUUACGGCAGAUUUUUUUUUUCAAAAUUCAAUUUUCUGGGUGAGUGAAGUGUGUGGAGCUGUUUAGAAAUCCAGGUUACGAAAUCAGCCGUCCGAGGCGCAUCAAUGUUUACUAUACUAGAGUAACUAUAUUAUCUAAUACGUUAUAUGAGUUGUGGUGAUAAAAAGGAUCGCAACUAUAUAAAUCAACAAAACUAUAUAGUGCUGUCACAGAUAAAAGAUUUUUGCUACCUAUGCUGGGCGCAUUUGUAUAGAGAAAAUCUAGGCAAUAAACGUACUAUAAAUGAGCAAUAUAAAAAGACGUAGUACAAGAAUAAUAGCGACAUAAAGUAAGAAUAUGAACUGCCAAAAGUUGCAGUUUAAUUAAUUCUACAACACUAGCACGCAAGUCAGAUUUGUGCCCUAGGAUUGAAGACACAACAAUAUGGUGGGAGUCGUAACACUGUAUGUUCCAUUUCUCUACUUACUAACUACUAACUUUAAAACUCCUACAAGCUAAUUCUCUUCAAAGAAAAAAUAAUUCGCUGUCCCGUGGUUUUGAAUUUUCAACUCCGAAAUUCUGAAACUUUAGUAGUUGACUGUGAUAGAUCGCAAUCUACAUUACUCUAACACUAAUUUGAGGAGUGUUAGAUAAAAGGCAAUGAGCCUUAAAUAUUUUUACAGUUAAGCCACAAGUAAUUUAGGACCCAACCAUUUUCUAAUCCGGCAUGUAAAAUUGUUACUCAUCCCUUUAUUGGACUAUUCUAUACCUUCUAGAGGAAUCGGACCAUCAUUUUAAUUGAAUUCCAUGAGUGUUAUGCUUUUUGAAUGAAAUAUUGUUUAGCAUCAGCAGCAAGAAGGUUUAUUUAACAAAAGGACGCCUUAAUACUGUUCAUUUUCCAUUACAUUUAUCUGUGAAAGCAUAAGCAUAAGUAUUAAACAAUAGCAAUUACUGAACACACCUUUUUUUACAAAGAAAACUAUUUACAAAUAAAAAUAUUGUCUAAUAUAUUAAUUAUUACUAUUCAAUUGCUUUAAAAAUGCGUAGCUAAGCUUAAAUGUUUUUGCAGACAUAUCGACAUCUUCGGUUGCGAUGAGGCGAUAUAAAUCAACGUGCGUGAUUAAAACAUUAAAUAUUUUAUUGCUAAUGCGUCGAGUGGUUCACUUGAAAGCAGAAAAAAAAAACAAAUUAUGGAAAACAUAUUCGGACACGUGGCACUCGAUAUUAUUAUUGAGAGAAAAAAACGAAAUUAUUUUUUCUUUUAUCACUUCCGAACCGUCUGAACUAUUUUCACCAGAGCUGUAUCGAAGAUUAUAUUUUAUCAACAAUUACCACUAUCGUAGUUAUAGUAAGAAACCCUACCGUAGGGAGUUUAUGUUUUAUAAAAAAGAUUUGGCGAAAUUCAUCCAGUGGUGUACCCGAAUCGUGUUCGAGUAAUAAUCAGUUUCUUCCUAUAAUUACGCCACUGGUAACGUUUUCAUGACAUAACCGAAAACUCUUAGCUCCACCGGUAUCAAGAGCUGCUUUAUCUACGCAGAUAAGUCGCAUGUUAAAUGCUGGAUCAAAUUGAAAUAUCGGUUAGUUGAAUCGAUCAUGAGAUAUUUGCCGCGUCACUGUAUACUGUACCUUUUCUGGGGAUUUGUGUCGGUAGUUUCAUUUACGGAAAACGAUGGUGGCACACUACAGGGAGUAGCUGUGUUGUUCAGACACGGAGACCGAUCGCCGAUGGACACAUGGCCCAAUGAUCCAUACUAUGGGAACUCGACUCUAUGGCCUGACGGCUACGGUCAGUUGAACAACAAAGGCAAGCGACGUCACUUCGAGUUGGGAAAGUGGUUUCGGAACAGGUACGACGGCUUUCUACCGUCGAGGUACAACAGCAGCGACAUCUACGUGAGAUCCACCGACGUGGACAGGACGUUGAUGUCGGCCGAGUGUAAUCUGGCCGGUCUAUACUCGCCGCAAGACGAUCAGGUGUGGGAUGUCGACAUUGGUUGGCAACCCGUACCCGUUCACACCGUAACUUACGAUUCUGACAACGUUCUGGCAUUCGGCGCGCCUUGUCCUAAACACGACCUCUUGGAGGAACAACUGAAAGCCAGCGAUGAAAUCCAAGAAAUAUUAAACGAACACAAAGACACGUUGGACGCGAUAGGAGCCGCGUCAGGCUAUGGAGACAUGGACCUGCGGAAAGUAUCGAAGAUAUUCUCCACUGUCACAAUCUACAGGGGUUUUAACCUGACGUUGCCUGGUUGGACCGAAGAUUACUGGCCACAGAUCCAAGAGCUGGCGGCCAUCAAGUUCAAACUGCACACCUACACUCCAGAAAUGGCGCGUCUGAGAACUGGAUUAUUUUUCCGCUACCUGGUGGACUAUUUUCGACGCGUGGAAGGGGGCGAAGGCACUAAAUUUCUGAUGCUAAGCGCCCACGACGAUACCAUAGCCGAUGUCACCAACGCUAUGGGUACGUAUAUGGACGCGGUGCCCGAAUUCGCAUCGUCGGUCCUAUGGGAGGUUAGGGCUGGAGAUGAUCGGGUCUACGUUAGUGUAUAUUUCAAGAAUAGCACCGCAUUUGUGCAGCUUAAGGUGUACGAUUGCGAUCUCAAUUGUGGUUUGGACGAUUUCGAAGACGUCAUGGCAUCGAUAUUGGUCGACGACGAUCAACAAUGGACGGACGAGUGUCAGAAUAACUAAUAGAAGAGUU